UAGGUAGUAGGUGCAUUGGGUAGGUCCGCCUAUCCAAUGCACGGUCCAGCGCCUUUCUAUUCUAUAAUAAAUUUACAGUCAUAAUCUGAGGCCGUGUUCAUAAUAAUAAUAAUAAACUAUCACGAUAUUCACUCACACAAGGAUUACUGUAUUAGUGUUCGCGUUUACGAUAGUAUAGUUGCUAUUCAGUGUUCACUGUUCACAUUUCACCAGUCACUUACGACACGGUCUCGUCGAUAGACGUCUACACUCCUUUAGUACGUCGGUUAUAUCGUUACACACAUCGUCAUCCGUUGUUAUUAUUUGUUCGUAUUCACAGGCUUAAACAGUCGUGAACCACUUGCGUUUUAGUCGUUUACGGCCGAAUCGAACCGCUCAUCGAAAUGGCUGCCGGUAAAGUAUUGGUGUACGGAGGAAAAGGAGCGUUGGGAUCGACGUGCAUAUCGCUACUUUCGUCCCAAAAAUAUUGGGUCGGAUCAAUAGACUUAACACAAAAUGAAAAUGCAAAUGCCAAUGUGAUAGUGGAACGUGAUGCUACAAUAUUGGAACAAGAAUCUCAAAUUUUGAAGGAGCUUGAUUCCGUUUUAGGAUCUGAAAAAUUAGAUGCUGUAAUAUGUGUUGCUGGUGGUUGGGCUGGUGGGAGUUCAAGUUCUGAUGAUUUUGUAAAAAAUACUGAUUUAAUGUUAAAACAAAGUGUCUGGAGCUCAGUAUUAGCAUCAUCUAUUGCAUCUAAGUUCUUAAAACCUGGAGGUAUUUUAGUAUUGACUGGUGCUAAAGCUGCUCUAGGUCCUACCCCAGGAAUGAUUGGUUAUGGUUUAGCCAAAGCAGCCAUACAUCAUUUGACAAAAUCAUUGGCUGAUGAAAAUGGUGGUUUACCAACAGGAGCUCAGGCUCUUUCAAUACUGCCUGUCACCCUUGACACACCUAUAAAUCGUAAAUGGAUGCCUAAAGCUGACACUUCAACUUGGACUCCAUUAGAAUUUGUCGCAGAGUUAUUUUCUAAAUGGAUCAAAAAUGAAGAAAGACCUCCAAAUGGUUCACUUGUCCAGUUAAACACAAAGGAGAAUAAAACAACUUUGGACAUUGAAUAAUUUA